UUUAUUGCCAUUAUUUUGCUUUUUUUUUUUUUAAACAUUUACCUUAGCAAAGCAACAAUUCAGUGCCCAAUUGCUGCUUGCUUAGAGGCGUAAGAGAAGUGUGGAACUCUUCCAAUAAAGGUUGACAGGAGGAACAUGCUGCUAUUAGGAGUCUGCUGGCAGAGAGCGAGAGAGACGACCAGGGGGGAAAUUAGGCAGAGCUCAGCAGAGGCAGAGCAGAGAGGACUUAGUUGCAUCUGGGACACCAAGCUGGGUCUUCAUCUGGACCUCCUCUGCUCAGUGCUGUCAGCUUCCCUCUCGCGGCACGAGCUGCUGAUCCUGCACACAGCUGAGGCCCUUGAGUGGGCAACAUACCUGCAGCACAUCCUUAAAUCAUCAAAAAACUUGGGCAAAACGUCCAUCUUGCUGUACGCAGUCAGUGCCGCUGAUCAGCUUCACGGGUACAACUUCAACUUCCAGCAUGUCAAGUGCACGGUGCUGCUGCUUACUGCUGGAUUUCUUGACCUCCUCAACGGCCAAGAGCUGCGGGCCGCCGUGCAGAAGCUGCUGUAUCCUUCACACAGAGUGGUAGCACUAUUGUGUGGUGUCUCCGAGGCGGAUGUAUCGACUGGCAUCUUCAAAGACUGGUCACAUUGGAGGAAACUUUACGCCGAAGACGAGCCUGCUGUUUAUAUAUCAACUAUUCUGGAGUCCAUAUCUAACAGCGAACACAUGGAGGAGGGCUGUAGGAUUGCAAGUGCAGACUGGAAUGCCACAGCCCAGGAAACAGAGGAAGUGAUGCCAAAAGAACCGAGACAAAUCAUCCAGGAGAUCAAGGACUCAGUGGCAACGCAGGACUCACCUGCGCAGCUCACCUGUCUCACUGUUCAGCCCCAGAGAAUCAUGUGUGGGGAGCAGGAAACAAUUUAUAUCAUUUUAAAGCACAAAUUAGAAGACAACUUGAUACCAAUAGUAGAGUUUUCUUCAGGAAGUAUUUCUCCAGAAAGAGUCUCUGCCACACUGGAGAAUGACUUCACAUUAAGCGUCCCAGCUCCUGAUUUCCCUGCUGGAGUCGUGUCGCUCACUUUGCACACUGGUCAGUCGAGUAUCAGCUUAAGCUCUCUAACAUAUCACACAUACAUGGAAGAAGUGGGUCGAUGUUUGGAAAAGGCUGUUGACCCUGUGGAUUUCAUCCGGCAGGCUUUCAGUUUGACUACAGCAGAAUCUGUGGACGAAAUUCUUACUGACUCUUUAAAAACUAAAAUGCCUGCAGCCGGUCUGCAGGUGUUUGGAAAUGGGCAGAUUGAAGAACUCAACAUGACAGCGUAUCAAAGAACUGAGGAGCUUCCCACGUUGCUCCAUUUUGCCGCCAAGUAUGGCUUGAGGAAGCUAACCACCUUCCUCCUCCACUGUCCCGGAGCGUUACAAGCUUACAGUGUGAUGAACAAACAUGGCGAUUACCCUAACACUCUGGCAGAAAAGAGCGGCUUCUGCGACCUCCGACAGGUCAUGGAUGAGUUUGUGAUCCAUCAGGAGACGGACAAGCUCUCGUUUCAUGCCAGUGACCCAGUAAGUGCCGAUGAUAGCGAAGAGGUGUAUGAGCGCAUGAACAGGUCGUGGGACGACGUCAAGGACCCGGACGGGCCAGAGGACAUAUACGUCUCCAUGUUGAUGCUGGAUUCGGAGUGUGCGGAAGAUCUUUACGAGGUGAUGAACUCGGUGACGGAGAACCCAGAGGAAGCUAUCCUCAGGAAGUUCUUUCAAGGGAGAUCUCAGAAAGAAAAUGCCUUUCUAAACAAAACAGAGCUGGAAGAGGAUGUUGGUGAGUUGAACUUCACUGAGGAAGAAGAUCCAUACAUCAUCAAAGAGGACAUCUAUGACAUGGUGGAGACCGACAUGGACCCAGUCAUGUUUCGACCUCCCGCUCCCAUUCCAAGACCUGAAAUCAGGCCUGAGCCUCAAAAGAUUUGCCACUACGUCUCCAGAGCUAAGAAUCUGCCACCAAGUCAGAUAACGGAAACAAGACGACCUUCAGUCCAGCCUGCGAUGGUCACCCCCUCACCCAUUUAUGACUACUACGCUGGGAUGAAGACGCCCGGGCAGCGCCAGCUCAUUUCCCUGCAGGAGCAGGUGAAGGUCGGAGAGAUCACGGUGGACGAAGCAGUGGAGGAGUUCAAGAACUGGAAGAUCGAUCACGAGCGCCGAAACGUCUCCAUCCGCUACCAGCAGGAAAAUCUGAAGAGUUUACGGGAGAGUAUCAAUCGACGACAUAAACGCCGAGUUGUGGAUGGAAAAGAUGUCGAUUUGGAAAUAAGCGCUCCGUUGCCAGCAAACUUCAACCAAACUGUCAAUGCAGCAUUUGACUACGGUGUGUACGAGUCAGCCCCCAGAGAGGUGGUUGCUGCCGCUCCCACUUCUCCGUCUGUUCCGCAUGCGACCUGGAGAGGACACUGGAAGACUGGGAGCACUUCCAGUACAUCCAGUUCUGGAAGCAACAGAUUGAGCACCAUCAGUUACAGCAGUGGGGCAGAGCCAGAUUUUGAGGAAAUAUCAGAAAUUGUUCCACCAAGACCUCCACGGCCUUCUGGGGCCUCCGCCGUGGAACCUCCACCCCGAAUUCCACCGAGGAUUCCAGAAAGGGUUCCAGAAAUGUCGCCCAACGAUCGCUACAUAUCCUGUCCAACACGAGCUGUACCACAAAGACCCACUCAGGGAAACACGGCACCACCGAUACCUCGACGAUACAGAUGAUUCACGCUCCACAUUGUCCAGGCCUUUGUUAGUUUUCUUAAUAACACAUGAAACGUUUUUAUUGCUGUAAUUUAUUUUAUAUAGCAUCGUUCUUCCGAUACAAUGAUAAUCAUUUGCAAAUCAAGUGUUACACUGUUAAAUAUUUGUCACUGCUCUACAUCAAAUGAA